AUGCGCUGGCAGCGUCUUGGCACCUGGAACCCGACCCCUUCCGACCCUCGGCCUCCCAUCAACAGGGCGGGCCAGCUAAGGAAGAGCCUCGAGUACGGCGAACGUCCGUCGCCUCCUCCACGCUCGCCCCUCCAAAAUGACGCCUCGACCUCUGAAGCCGAGUGCUUCAUAAUAUCCAGGUUCUGGUUCAUUUACUCGUUGGAAUGCAACGAAUUCGCGAGAGGGCAGAUCGCAUCCCUUGGCAACAACGUGGGCGACCGAAUCAUGACGAUGAUGGUCCGAUGA